GGAGGAGGAGAAGAAGAAGGAGGGGAUUCGAAAGUGACUUUCUCCUCUUUCCGCUGGGCUAAGCUCCUCCCACCGGCCGAUGGCCCCGCCCCCGAGGUCCUUGGCACGUCCCCGAUUGGUGGGCAGGGCCGGUGCCUUUGAAGUGUGCUGCAGACCGGAGCUAUUAGACGUGCGGCUCGGGGAAAGGAAGGGCUUUUUUUUUUUUUUCCUUCCCCUCCGUCUCUCGCUGGGGCCGGUGCGGUCGUCCUUGCCGCUGCCGCCGCCGCCUCUGCCGCCGCUUCCCCGACGCGCCCUGCCCGGCUUUUCGCGCUGCGGAGCUCGCCUCUCCCCCCCUUUUCCCCCCUCCCCAGCCCUGCCCUACCCCACCCCCGCCCUGCCCGGCUCGCUCCCCCAAAUGAGCGGCGGUUCGCCCGCUGGAUCUAACGCAAGGAGAUCGCCCAGCGGCAGCAGCAGCAGCGGCGGAGGCGGAGGAGGAGGCGGCGGAGAAGGCUCGGCCGCCGCCUGGUCAGCCCAGCCAUCCGGAGCCGUGUGCCCGGCGCUCUCGCACCUGUCCCCGGAGGACCCCCUGCGCCAGGCGAACCGGCUCCCCAUCCGGAUCCUGAAGAUGCUGAGCGCCCACAGCGGCCACCUCCUGCACCCGGAAUACCUGCAGCCGCUCUCCUCCACGCCCGUCAGCCCCAUCGAGCUGGACGCGAAGAAGAGCCCCUUAGCGCUGCUGGCGCAAACCUGCUCGCAGAUCGGGAAGCCGGAUCCGCCGCCCGCUUCCAAACUCAACUCCGGCGCGGCCGCCGGGCUGUCUGGGCCGGAGAAGGAGUCGAGCGGCCGCGCCUCCGGGGCCGGAGCCGGCGGUUCCCUCGGCAAGCAACUGGGCGACGCGCCGGCCGAGGAUAAGUCGAGCUUCAAGCCCUAUUCCAAAGGCGGAGGAGGCGGCGGAGGAGGAGAUCCGCGGAAGGACGGCAGCCUCCCGCCGAGCCAGGCCGGGUCCGGCGCGGAGAAGAACGGCUUCCGAGUCCCCAGCGCCGCCUGCCCGCCUUUCCCUCCGCUCUCGGCCGCUUCUGCCGCCGCCUCGUCCUCGUCCACCGCCUCGUCCUCCUCGCCGGGCGGCUCGAGAGGCAAUUCCCCGCAGCAGGCGGACUGCCGAGGCGGCCCCGACGACAAGAAGGAGUCGGAGAUCGCGGCCAAAGGCAGCCCAGACGGCGCGCCAGGAGGCGGCGGCGGCGGCGGCGGCGGCGGGAGCCGCUCGGGCGCCGGCAGCGUGGAGCCCGGGGCGCAAAGCGAGGCGUCUUCCGGGCGCAAGUCCGAGCCUCCGGCCUUGGCGGGCCACGUGGCUCCGGUGUCUCCUUACAAGCCGGGCCACUCGGUCUUUCCUCUGCCCCCCUCCGGCAUCGGCUACCACGGCUCCAUCGUGGGCGCGUACGCGGGUUACCCGUCCCAGUUCGUGCCCGGCUUGGAUCCUACGAAGGCCAGCCUGGUGAGCGGCGGCCAACUGCCGGGGGCUUUGGGGCUCCCGGGAAAGGCGUCCAGCUCCAGCCCGCUGACGGGCGCCUCCCCGCCUUCCUUCCUGCAGGGAUUAUGCCGAGACCCCUACUGCCUGAGCUACCACCCCGCCUCCCACCUGGGCGGCGGCAACUGCUCCAGCUGCGUCCACGACCCGGGCAGCCUGAAGAGCGCCUACCCCUUGGUCUACCCCAGCCACCCGCUCCACGGCGCCCUGUCGUCCAGCGCCACGCCGGCCCUCGCCGGCCACUCGCUCUACACCUACGGCUUCAUGCUGCAGAACGACGCCCUGCCCCACAUAUGCAACUGGGUCUCGGCCGGCGGACCUUGCGACAAGCGGUUCGCCACCUCCGAGGAACUGCUGGCCCAUUUAAGGACUCACACGACUCUGCCCGGGGCGGAGAAACUGCUGGCUGGUUAUCCUACCUCGGGGCUGGGCUCGGGCGCGUCCUGCCACCUCCACCUGCCGCCCGCCGGCCCGGGAAGCCCCGGCUCCUUACCCGGAUCUCUGUCGUUGAGAAGCCCGCAGACUUUGGGACUAAACCGCUAUCAUCCCUACGGCAAAAGCCACUUGCCGACGCCGGGCUCCUUGCCGGUGGCUUCCUUGCCUGCAGCUGGACCCUACUACUCCCCCUACGCCCUUUAUGGCCAAAGACUAACCUCAGCUUCUGCACUUGGAUAUCAGUAACUUCCAGCGGCCCCUGCCCCCCCUCUGGCGACCCGGCCUCGCCUCCGGAGUGUGUAUUUAUUUCCUGUAUGUUAGCUUAAAGCUGGGAAAAUAAGUGCAUUAAUACACCAAUGAAUCAAUGGUAUGCAAAACGUCUGUGUCUCCCGCCCCCCCCCCACCCGCACCCCACCCUCUCCAAAAUCUGACCCACUCUUUUAUUUUAUUUUGUUUUAUUUUGUUUUGUUUUAUUUUAUUUUUUAAAAAAAGCAAAAUGUUUGUGUCCAUGAGGUGGGAUAGGGGAACGUUUCCUGUCUUCCCUUCCCCCCCCCCCUUUAAAUAUUUUUAAAGAAAGCUUUGCUCUGGUCCACGGGGAGCACCUGGCAUGAUGUUCAGCAAAAUGUUUUUCUUCCUUCUCCCUGCUUUUUUUCUACCCCCCACCACACACACACACACACACACACAGACACACACACACACACACACAAACAUUUUCUUUUUUUAAGUUUGGUUCUAUUCUUGGUUUCGGGUUUUUUGGCUUUUUGUAUAGUAACUGGAAAAUUGGGGUUUUGGUUUUUUUUGUUUUUUGUCUUGUGGAAGGAAGGAAGGAAGGAAGGAAGGAAGGAAGGAAGGAAGGAAGGAAGGAAGGAAGGAAGGGGGAGGUCAGAUUGGCUGGGAAAUUAAUCGCAGGCUUUGUUGGAACUGCGGAAGCGGAAGGAGGGGUGGUGAUUGGACUCACUCUGUGACUGGGAUGCUGCUGGCAUUGGGCUGGCAGUGCUGAGUUGGGGUACCGCAUAGAACCCAUCGUCCUGCCUCCUCUGCGGAAACCAACUCUCCUGGGCUCUCAAGAGUGAGCAGAGAGGCCCUAAACAAAAAGGAGAGCAUUCAAGCACUGGAAUUUUCGGGGUGAAGCUGAAGCUUCUUCCCAUAAAGGAAGGGGCGUGCAAGCUUUCCACCAGUGGGGUAUCUUUCACACUUAUUUUAUUUUUGCUUUGGCUUUUUUUCUUUCUUUCUUUUUGUUCUCUCCUCUCCUUCCACUCCACCCACCCGCCCUGCUUUCUCUCUCUUCGAAAGACCUGAAUUUUAAGGAAAUUAGCAAGCAUCCUUGAGGGACUGGAAGAGAACAAGAUUCUUUCUUUAUACGCCAAAUGAGGAACUCGGAGGACUUUUUGCUCCGUCUGGUUUCAAGCUGGAUCGUCAAGUCUAGCUAGUGGCCCUUGGGGGCCCUCUCUAUCUUUGUCUGUAGGCUCAAAUCUACAUACCAAAAAACCCCAACCAUCAACCAACGGAAAAAAAAAAUCACUUGCCCUUAUUUCCUAAUGACCCUAUCGCCCACUUUUCUCUUGACCUGUGGGAAUGGAACAGCUGUUAAGGUGGGGCGACCCCCUCCCCAAAUUCCAGAACUAACUGCAGCACGGAAGGCUGCAGAUCUUUUGGGGUGAAUAGAACUCCCACUUGGUAAGUCUUAUUUUGUUAAUAAAUGAAUACUUGCUAUAUCUAC